AAGGAUCGAGUGAUCAUCCAUAGUUUGGAAUCCAAUACCAAAGCAAGCAAGAGAGAGAGAGAGAGAGAGAGGAGGGAACGGGGUUCCCACAGAACCCUAAGGCGGCUAUGGGGCAGUAGUCCCACUGAUAGAGAGUGAGAGAGACCACACACUGACAUGCACAGAACACACCUACACUUCGCACACAGAAUGUGUGGGCUGCUGAGGCCAUGGCCUUCUCCAUCUCCUCUUCUUCCUCCUCCUCCUCCUCCAUCGCCUGCUGUGCUCCCCCGCGCUGUGUGAGCAGAGCGUGUCGUUGCGGGACAUGUCUCGACGCUUUCAUCGCCACUUCCACUUCUCCUCCGCCAUCCUCCUCCUCUGCCCAUGCUGCCCCUUCUCGUCUUGCUCCCCUCACCACACCAUUCGCCCGCAGGAGCGUAGCGAUCGCUGUGGAUAGUCAUGCGCGGCAACACCAGACCUUGUCGGUUCUCCAGGAGAUGGAGUUCGACGUGGUUGUCGUUGGGGCGGGGAUCAUCGGUUUGACUGUGGCGAAUCGAAUUUUGGAGGAGACCAGGUUUUCCGUCGUUGUCGUGGAUGCGAAGCGGCCGUGCGCUGGCGCUACUGGAGCUGGGCAGGGAUACGUAUGGCUGAAUCACCGCAAUCCAGCGAGCAAGACGUGGGGGUUGGCUCAUCGCAGCAAGCUUUUGUGGGAGCAGCUGGUUGCAGAUUUAGCAGAUGCGGGAUCGGAUCCUCUGUCAGCAAUAGGGUGGCAGAAUACUGGUAGCCUACUUGUGGCAAACUCAGUUGAAGAAGCGCGUGGUUUACAAGCGCAUGUGGGAGCGAUGGCCACUGCAGGGGUGGACGCCGAAUUUUUGACAGCAUCUGAAUUACAGAAAAUCGAGCCGUCACUUAAAGUCGGACAUGAAGGAGGUGCUGCUUUUGUGCCUGGGGAUAGUCAAAUCGAUGCAGCAUUGGCUGUAGAGUUCUUUCGCAAAAGAAACUUAGCAUAUCGAGUUGAAGGACGCUACAUGGAACUUUUUGAUUCUCCUGUUGAAGAACUUUACCGUUCUUCUGCAGACGGCUCCAUCGAGGUGGUUCAGACCUCCAGGCACAAACUUCGCAGCAGAGAAGCGGUCAUUGUGGCAGCGGGGGCAUGGAGUCCCAACAUACUGACGCGCGCAGCUCAGGAAUGGAGGCUCCCUUUGAUUCCUCCUGUGAAGCCUAGAAAGGGCCAUCUGCUUGUGCUUGAGGGUUUGCCUUCGCUGAAGAUCAAUCACGGCUUGAUGGAGUUUGAAUACACAGCUAACUACACUACAGCACAUAGCACACAGUGCUCUCAACCAGAAGAUGUCUCAACACCCUCCCUUGUGACUGACCCGACUGUCAUAUCACACGACAGUUUUCGGGUUGCAAUGACAGCCUCAACGGACAAGUCUGGUCGGCUUCUCUUAGGAAGCAGUCGAGAGUUCUCUGGUUUCAGUACUGCACACCAUUACGAAGCUAUAGAAGGCAUACUAAGUCGAGCGUCUGAAUAUUUCCCCGCAUUGAAAGACAUUUCAGUUGAAGACGUGUUGGAAAAACAAACAAUAAGGACUGGACUUCGUCCCUACGAUUUGAAUUGCUGCAGCGUUUGGAGGUGUGCCGCUUGUUGGACCAGUGCCUGGGGUUGAAAGACUGAUGCUAGCCACUGGUCAUGAAGGCUCUGGGCUGUGUAUGGCUCUUGGUACUGCAGAGAUGCUGGUGACCCGGCUUCUGGGAAAGGAAACUGUUUUUGAUGUAGACCCAUACCUUCCUGCGAGCAGAUUGUGCCAUUCACAAACUAAUGCACAAACUCUUGCUUGAAAGAAUGACAUUUUAGCCACACUUUAGGUCCAGUAUCUUGCACAACAGGUUUGUACUAAGGAUUACGAGUUGAAGACGUUCUGCUAACUUGUUCUAACGAUGCUGCUGCUUCUGCAGCCGUGUUGAAAUUUCUGGAGUCAUAUGUACAGAGUGAGAGCUAUUGCUCUCUCCCUCUCUUCAUGCCUUAUCUAACACUUGGUUCCAUUGACCACCUUGUCUUU